AUGGCCCGUCAGAACUCGUUGGAAUCCUCAAGACCCAUCAUGCCCAGCAACCGUGCCUCGCAGCGAUUCUCUACCGUCAGCGGAACCCCCUCGAUCGCCUCCAAUGGCGGUCUACCCAGCGGUGACCCCCGCCUGGCUGAAGUCAACCACGUUCGCGACGGCCUUGAGCGUCUCGAGAACAAGCCUCUCCAGAAACAGCGUUUCGUCCCCACCCCAGAGAAGACCGAAAGCCUUGACAAGCUGGCCAUUGGUGCCAAGAUGGAACGCGCGCUCGGCCGCAGAAUGACCGGUCAGGAUGCUGUUAUGCGCAAGCCUGUUGUGAGCGAGAAGGCCGCGACUGAGGCUUCCACUUAA